UAUUUGCUUCCUCGUUACAGUUCUGCUGCAUAGUUUUAUUAGGAAAUUUAGUUUGUGGUUCGAUUUCUUACUAUCGGAAAAUUCGUUUCCCGAUUUUAAAACCAAUAAAUCAAUAAAACAACAGAAAAUAGCCAAUUAAAAAUGUCGAGACAAAAAAUUGCGACCAUGUCUACAGAAGUGACGCAAUCUCUCCGGAAUGCAGAAAGCAUGCGAAAAGUGCCAUACUCCAUGGAUCCACGUUUGGAUCAGCUGGUGGUGUAUAGCUCCGUGCUGGAGCAUCUGCUGCAACAGAAGCUCCACUAUGAGCACGAGCGAGACAUGGAGCAGCUACGCCUCGAGAGAUUCAAGUGCGAGGGUGCCAUAGAUAAUCGCAUACACGUGCAAAUGCAGGUUGUGAAGAAGGUGCAGGGCAUGCUACCAGAUAUUGUCUUUAAGAUGCGCAACGAGUACGACAAAUUCGAGCGUUUUCUGCAUAGGGAGAAGGCCCUCAAGAGCAUUAAUCUAUCCCUAUACGAUAAGGGUAUGCAGUUACUUAAGGCCUGCAAGAAAAAUCUCGAGCAGACCCUAUAGACAUGGUCGCACCCGCCUACACACACACACACACACACACACACACACACACACACAUCAAUCACAUCAAUCAAACACGAUUAAGUAGUUGUCGCAACAAAAUUAAAUGGUACCCCAGUCAACUAUAUGGAUGCACAGAAAUCUUAAUGCUUGUCCAUGUAUUUUUAAUUACAGUCAUCCUAACAAGGGGCUUACCUGUUUCAGAUGAUUCUUCAGUAUGGUACCCUCGGGCUCCGGCAAUGGAGGUAUCUCAUCGUAUCCACCUGUUGGUGGCGUCAGCUUGGUAGAAUCCAAAUCCACAACCCAAAUAUCAUCGGGCAGCCUGCAAGUUUUUGAUUUACAUAAGUUUUCGUAAGGAACUACUGGGCUAUACCGGGCACUAGCAGCAACCAUCCGGUAGUACCAGGCAAACCAAGUACUACAAGGCACUACCCGGUACUUCAAGGCACUUCCAGUACUAGAAACUACCAGGCACUACCGAACGCUUCCGGUACUACCCGGAACUACCGAUACUGCAAAUUAUACCAGGCAUUACUGGGCUGUACCGGAAACUACCAGGCAUUGGGUAGCCCUACGAAGCAUUAAACGGCACUACCGGGCGCUAUGAGGCACCACCAGGACACUAGCCGUACCUAAAGUUCUUUUUAUAGAUGAGAAAAGAGGCUGGCACACCGAUGACAAAGGGCGUGGGCGCGAGCAGCAACUGCUCGGCGCAGCUGAGGCAUGUGGGCAACAACGGUAUCACUGGAAACAUGUACUCCAAUGGAUAGAGCAUGGUCACGAAUGCCAUUACCGACAUGGAGAGAGCAUUAUAAUCGCGCGAUUGGAUGAGCACCUUGUUCUCCAAUAUGAUCAGUGUCCACACCUUCAGGCAUGUCUCCACGCCGAGCAGCUCGAGUGGCAAAUGCAAGGGAAAGUCAACCAGCGAAAAGCGUGUGUGAUCCGGUAGUGCAAACAGCAAUGGUUCGUGCACAGUUGGCGACAGCACCUCUACCUGCGAAAUGAUGAAAAGAAUUCAAUAAAUGGCAAAUUAAUAGGAUAAAUAAUAAUUGAAAAUGUUUGAAAAACUCGUUAGUCUUAAAACCUAUAUUAAAAUGGGAACAACCACA